CGAUUCAGCAGGAAGGGUGGAAAAAACAGCCCGGGGGUACCGCGAUAGCUCUCAGACAAACCCGGCUCGGCUUGCCUUUGCGUGACAGCUGCGGGACCAAUGGAAACAUGCGGGAAGCCAGCUGCGCUAAAGGCUGCAGCCAAUGGAAGAUGUGAAACCCAGAGAGCUGAGGUUAGGCUGGCUGCAGCAGCUAAACUUCCCAGCGAAUUAAAAAAAAAAAAGGCUGUUUGUGUUUUGGCUGCUGCAGAGGCCAUUUUAGGGAAGAACCGAGAUCUUUAAGUUCGGGAUGCGGGGAGGAUGUUUGCGGUGCAGAUGGGGAACAAGGAUGAAGUCCCGCAUCCAGACUGCUGCUGGGAGCUUUAUGUAGAUUAAAUAGACCUCCUCCUCCCCAUCCCUCUCCUCCCCCUCCCUCCCCCUUCCCUGCUAAUUUUUUAUGCAUUUUUCUAAACUGUCAUGGCGAUUUUGUGUCCUUGGAAAUAAAAAAAGCAGCAGGCGUUUUCUUUCUUUUUUUUUUAUUUUUGGGGAGGAAACGCGGAGGUGAGACUGCGGCCGGGAGUCCCGAGCAGAUGCUGUGAACGGAGAGAAGAUGAAAAUCCUCAAGAAGGACAAGCAGCAGAUGUUCACUGGCCUCCUGAAGCACACACCGCCUCCGGCCUCCCCUGCUGCUGCCUCCUCGGACCAAGGUGGAAACACGCAAACCGUGGUUCCCACAAUCCCCCGGGCACACCUGGUCGUCGGCUCCAAGGACCAGCUUCGGAUCCUCACCCCUGUGGGAAGCUCUUCCGCAGCCAAUCACUGCGCCGCCGUCGGCGUCGUGCACACCGCCAAGCACACGGCCGGCGCUCCCAGAUCCCACGCCUCCAUCAGCGAGGAGGAUGAAGGAGGGGGCGGAGGAAGGGUGAAGAAGAAACGGAAGAAAAAAGACAAGACGCAGUGGGAGAAAGUAGGAGCAGAGGAGGAGGAGAAGGAGAGCAGCAAACCAAAGAAACAAAAGGAGGAGAGGGAGGCCACACCCGUGCUCACCCUGAGGAGGAGCAAGGAGCCAAAGGAGGGAAAAGACAGGAAAGAACGUCGGACAAAGGGAAAGGCUGGCAGGAAGGACGGCGGAACGGAUCCGAGGAACGCGGUGAAAACCCCCGAACCCUCGGCGGUUCCUGUCAAAGUUCCAGGGAAAAGAGGACGGAAACCUAAGGUCAAAGUCCUCCCUCCUGCUGCGACCAAUCAAGCCGGGCCUCAAGUUAACAACACCCAGGCGGACCAGAACCAUGGGAAGGGUCACGGCCAGGCCAACAGCAAGACUGCAGGCCCCACGGCGCCAAAACAGAGGGGCCGCAAACCCAAAGACCCCGGUGCUGCGCCGGUGGAGAAGAAGAAGAAAGGGAAGAGAAGAAACCAGGAGGCGGCUGUCCAGGAGGGAGCGGAGAGCGGCGACGAUGCCUCAGCGUCGGCCGCCAACAUGGGAGGGGACGACAGCCAGGACCCCCUGGACAAUGCCAAGCGCCGUUCAGGACGACAAGUCAAAAGGAGGAAGUAUAACGAAGACCUGGACUUCAAGGUGGUGGACGAUGACGGAGAAACGAUUGCGGUUCUUGGAGCUGGACGCAUCUCUGCACUAAACGCCACGGCGCUGGCAUGGCAGGCGGAGGAACCUCCUGAGGAUGAGGCAAACAUCAUCGAGAAGAUCCUGGCUGUCAGGAAAGUAAAGAAAGAGACGUCGUCCGAGGACCCAACGGAGGACGCAGAGGAGUUUUACGUUAAAUACAGAAACUUUUCCUACCUCCACUGCAAAUGGGCCACUUUGGAAGAACUGGAGAAGGAUCCCAGAAUCCAACAGAAGAUCAAACGCUUCAGGACCAAGCAGGCUCAGAUGAAGCACCUCUUCACUGAGCCUGACGAGGACCUCUUCAAUCCAGACUACGUGGAGGUGGACCGAGUCCUGGAAGUGGCCGUUACCACGGAUACAGAGACAGGAGAGGAGGUGACCCACUACCUGGUGAAGUGGUGCAGUCUGUCGUACGAGGAGGCCACCUGGGAGCUGCAGGAGGACCUGGACCCGGAGAAGAUCAGGGAAUUCGAGGAGAUCCAGAAGCUUCCGGCAGACCUCAGACACAUGGAUCGUCCGCCUCCAGAAAAAUGGCAGAAGUUGGAGAGCUCCAGAGAUUACCGCAAUGGGAACCAGCUCAGAGAAUACCAGUUGGAGGGAAUGAACUGGUUGAUGUUCAACUGGUACAACAGGAAGAACUGCAUCCUGGCGGACGAGAUGGGUCUGGGGAAGACCAUCCAGUCCAUCACCUUCCUGUAUGAGAUCUUCAGCAUGGGCAUCCGUGGCCCCUUCCUCAUCAUCGCCCCGCUGUCCACCAUCACUAACUGGGAGAGGGAGUUUCGCACCUGGACGCACAUGAACGUCAUCGUGUAUCACGGCUCGCAGAUCAGCCGCCAGAUGAUCCUGCAGUACGAGAUGUUCUACAGAGACGCGCAGGGUAACACUGUGUCAGGAGGGUUGAAGUUCCACGGCCUGAUCACCACCUUUGAGAUGAUCAUGGCCGACUGUCCCGAGCUGAAGAAGCUGCAGUGGCGCUGCGUGGUGAUCGACGAGGCCCACAGGCUGAAGAACAGGAACUGCAAACUGCUGGAAGGACUCAAGCUCAUGAACCUGGAACACAAGGUGCUUCUGACCGGAACCCCUCUGCAGAACUCGGUGGAGGAGCUCUUCAGCCUGCUGAACUUCCUGGAGCCUCAGCAGUUCCCCUCAGAGACCUCCUUCCUGGAGGAGUUCGGAGACCUAAAGACAGACGAGCAGGUGAAGAAGCUUCAGUCCAUUUUAAAACCCAUGAUGCUGCGGAGACUGAAGGAUGACGUGGAGAAGAAUCUGGCGCCUAAAGAGGAAACCAUCGUCGAGGUGGAGCUGACCAACAUCCAGAAGAAGUACUAUCGUGCCAUCUUGGAGAAGAACUUCUCCUUCCUCUCUAAAGGAGCGAACCAGCACAACAUGCCGAACCUGAUCAAUACCAUGAUGGAGCUCCGCAAGUGCUGCAACCACCCCUACCUGAUCACAGGGGCAGAGGAGAAGAUCCUGGAAAGCUUCAAGAAGAGCCACAGUCCAGACUCCCCAGCCUUCCAGCUGCAGGCCAUGAUUCAGGCGGCUGGUAAGCUGGUUCUGAUCGACAAGCUGCUGCCCAAGCUGCUGUCGGGGGGUCACAAAGUGCUGAUCUUUUCCCAGAUGGUCCGCUGCUUGGACAUCCUGGAGGACUACCUCAUUCAGAGACGCUACACGUACGAACGCAUCGACGGCCGGGUGCGGGGGAACCUGCGGCAGGCGGCCAUUGACCGUUUCUGCAAGCCAGACUCGGACCGCUUUGUGUUUCUGCUCUGCACCAGAGCAGGAGGGCUGGGAAUCAACCUGACGGCCGCCGACACCUGCAUCAUCUUUGACUCUGACUGGAACCCACAGAACGACCUGCAGGCUCAGGCGCGCUGCCAUCGGAUCGGACAGAGCAAAGCGGUGAAGGUCUACAGACUAAUCACCAGAAACUCCUACGAGAGGGAGAUGUUUGACAAGGCUAGUCUGAAGCUGGGCUUGGACAAAGCAGUUCUUCAAGACAUCAACCGCAAAGGAAGCCUGAAUGGAGUUCAACAGCUCUCUAAGCUGGAAGUGGAGGACUUGCUGAAAAAAGGAGCGUACGGCGCCCUGAUGGACGAAGAGGACGAGGGCUCCAAGUUCUGCGAGGAAGACAUCGAUCAGAUCCUUCAGAGACGAACUCAGACCAUCACCAUCCAGUCUGAAGGGAAAGGCUCCACAUUCGCUAAGGCCAGCUUUGUCUCAUCCGGGAACAGAACCGACAUUUCUUUAGAUGAUCCAAACUUCUGGCAGAAAUGGGCCAAGAUCGCCGAGGUGGAGAUCGACUCCAGAUCGGAGAAGGAGUCCCUGGUGAUUGACACGCCUCGCGUGAGGAAACAGACACGUCACUACAACUCCUUUGAGGAUGACGAGCUGAUGGAGUUCUCAGAGCUGGACAGCGACUCUGAGGAGCGGCCCUGCCGGACACGUCGCCUUGGAGACAGAAGCAGGCGCUACCUUCGGGCAGAGUGCUUCAGGGUUGAGAAAAACCUUCUCAUCUUCGGGUGGGGUCGCUGGAAAGACAUUCUGAACCACGGUCGCUUCAAGUGGCACCUGGCAGAGAGAGACAUGGAGGUGAUCUGCAGGGCUCUGCUGGUUUACUGCCUGAAACACUACAAAGGUGACGACAAGAUCAAGAGCUUCAUCUGGGAUCUGAUUGCGCCCUCUAAGGACGGACAGGACCAGGCGCUGCUCAACCACUCCGGUUUAUCGGCUCCGGUUCCUCGGGGCAGGAAGGGGAAAAAGCUGAAGAACCAGCUGAAUGUUCCUGAUGUUAAAAACGCCGACUGGCUGGUGCACUGCAACCCUGAGGUGGUGCUGCAGGACGAGAGCUACAAGAAGCACCUCAAACAGCACUGCAACAAGGUGCUGCUGAGGGUCCGGAUGCUGUACUACCUGAAGGUGGAGGUUCUGGGUGAGGCCGCUAAUCAGGCUCAGGAGGGGGUACCAGCCAGUAAACUGGACGUGUCGCUACCCGACAUCGACUACAUCGAGAUUCCCGUGAUGUGGUGGGAUGCCGAGGCCGACAAAUCGCUCCUCAUAGGGGUCCACAAACACGGAUAUGAGCGAUACAACGCCAUGCGGGCCGAUCCAGACCUGUGCUUCCUGGAAAGGGUUGGGAUGCCGGACGUCACGGCUCUGUCUGCUGAACAGGGAGGAUCGGAGGCGGUAGCUGAACUGAUCGACAGCAGCUGUAAAACUGAGGAGGCGAAGGAAAAGCCAGAGAGCAGCGCUAAUGGCGAGGAGGAACCAGAGGAGAGCAGACGGGGGGAGGAAACCUGCUCCAGCGUCGACAUUCAGGAAAAGGCAGACAGCGCGGCUCAGGAUGGGGCGGCUGACCACCAAGGAGACCUUCCAGAUUCUCAGACCUCCGCUGACCUUUGCACCCAAGACGCACCCCUGGUAACCACGACGACGACAGGAACAGUGUCGGGGGUGGCGGCGCUCCACGUGGUGCAGGCGCGGCCGCUGUGGCCCACCGGCCCCGCCCUGACGGCCCGUUUCCGCCGCCUGAUCACAGCCUACCAGCGUUUCACGCUGCGCAGAGAGCCUCUGCUGAGACACGACUUCCUGCUGCCUGACGGCCUGGUCGGCAUGGCGAUGGGUGGGGCCGGGCACGGCCACCACGGCGGCGGGCCGCUGGCCUGGCAGCUGGGGGAGGAGCUGAGGAGGUGUUCGGUGGUCUCCACGGAGACUGACCCUCUGUUCCUGGAGUGGCAGAGGAGGUGGACCCGCCGAGAACAGGCAGACUUCUACCGCACCGUUUCCUCGUUCGGCGUUGUGUACGACCCGGAGAGGAAAGCCUUCGACUGGUCCCAGUUCAGAGCGCUGGCCCGACUGGAGAGGAAGACGGACGAGAGCUUGGAGCGCUACUUCAACGCAUUCGUCAACAUGUGCAGGACGGCGUGCAAGCUCCCGCCAAAGAACGACGAAGGGCUGGUGGAUCACGGCCUUCUGGUGGAGCCUCUGACCGAGGAGCGAGCCGCCAGGACGCUGUAUCGCAUCGAGCUGCUGCGAAAGAUCAGAGAGCAGGUUCUCCGUCACCCGCUACUCUCGGCCCGCCUCCAGCUCUGCCGCCCCUCCCUCUACCUCCCCGUCUGGUGGGAGAGCGGUAAACACGACCGGGACCUGCUGAUCGGGGCGGCCCGCCACGGCCUGAGCCGCACCGACUUCUACAUCCUCAACGAUCCUCAGCUCAGUUUCCUGGAGGCUCACAGGAAUUACGUCAGGCGGCACCCUGCUCAUCUUCAUCACCCGCACCAUGCAGGCCUGGCCAUGUCUUCCUCCUCUUCGUCCCACGGGCCGCUGCCUCAUUGCUGCCUCUACGAGGCGGGGCUCGGCCAUCACUCCCCUCAGCCUCCAGAAUACCCCCACCAGCAGCCUCCACCUGCACCCGCGCCCUCUCCUUCCUCAUCCUCAUCCUCUUCUUCGCACCCUCACCUCCACCCUCCUACCCUGGACCCCCCGGAUUCCGUUUCUCCCAACCUGGGCCUGGUUCCCGGCUCGCGGGUGGACUUCCUGGACUGCGCUCCGCUGGAUGAGAGCCUGGAGCUGGGAGCUCUGCAACACGACGGCAUGUCUGCCGACGGCCUGCACGGAGGGAAGAUUCCCAAAGACGCCCUGAACGGGUUCCCCUUUAACUCCGCAACGGGGGGUCAAAGCAUGCUCAACUCGUACGGAGUGGGCGGGGCCGACCUGGACUCCAAGCUGAGGAGCGACGUCCUGGUUGGUGAGCAGGGCUCAUCGGAGGAAACCGGGCUGAUGGCGCCGUCAGUGGAGCUGGAUCAAUUACAGGCUCCUUGGGACAGCACAGAUCACACCAGUCCAGCUGAACACAUGUUCAACGAGUCCGAUCCCAUCCUCGGUCCCUCUGGCUUGGAGACGGGUUUCCUGGAGGAGGAGGAUGAGGAGGCGCAGGGAGGAGACAGAGGAGGAGAAGAGGGUGGGACUCUGGAGGAGUGUUUAGGCCUCCCGCCUUCAUCCUCUCCAUCUCAUCCUUCCACCGGGGAAGCAGUCGAGCCGCUAUCAUCGAGCUACAUGCUCUUUAAGGAUAUCGGAGUGAACGAAGAGGCCAGUCCAGAUCAAACAGACCUAUCAGCAAGCCCGCCCCUCCCCUUUGUCCCCCCUCCACCCCUGUCGUUCAGCCAUGAGCCUCAGGACGCUCUUGGACAUGCUGACGUCCCAGAGAGCUUGGCCAAUCCCGAGGAGGAGGGAGACGACCAGGAGGGAAGUACCGGGUUUGAGUUUGAAGACAAAGAGGAAGAGGAGGCAGAGAAAUUAAGGGAGCAAGAAGCAGAAAACCAGAACGAAGGUCCCGACCCCGGAGUCGGCGUCCUGAAUCCGACCUCUGAGCGUCAGAUGGAGGAUGGAGAAGCGCUGGCGGGCCUCCAGGAGAACUUGGAGUCCUCGGAUGAUAAUGAAGAGGUGCAGCCUUACCUGGGGAAGCUGGAAGCAGAAGGUGGCUUGGUUUGUCCCCGGUCCAUUGAGGAUCCUGCGGAGGAGGUGCACGGGUUGAUUCUGUAUCAGACUGAGGAGGAGCAGUCCAUGGACAGCUCUCUGGAUGCCGAAGCUUUUAUCCGUAAUGAAACGGGAGCAUUUUUAGAAAUGAAGGAAAACUCACAGAGUUCUGGAGGAGGUUUUGAUGUUGGCAGCAGGGAGGGUUCUGAGGGGGCGGCAGAGAUCCCUGAAGGUCGGCUGGACUCUGUCUCUUUGGGAGACACUGCAGAGGAACCGGCAGAGAAGAUGGUGACCCAGGAGGCUGAAGCCAGCCUGGCGGAGCUGGGAGAGGCCGAGUUAGCAGAACCCUGCAGCCCCGCUGGGUCUGCCUUGGAGGAAUCCCAGACCCGAGACCCAGCGGAUCGGAACCUGAGCAGCAAGAACUGCAGGAGCGAAGCUUCGUCCUCCUCUGCAGAUCCAGAAAAUAAACGUGACCCCAAUGAAGCCAAAACUAAUUUGACGUUAAAUGUAAACAAUGUCAACUCCAAGUCAUCGGCUCUGACAGCAGUCAGUGAGGAGAAGAAACCGCUGCAGUUCCUGGUACCGGUGAAGGUGGAGGAGCCGGCCGAGGAGGUCUGCCUGGACGGCUCAGACAUUAAACCUUCUCCUUUUCUCUCCUUCCCUGUAAAAUCUGAGGCUGCAGAGCCCAAAUCUGAGCCGAUGGCGUUUCCUGCCAGGGCUCCGGUGCUGGAGGUGAAACCGGAGGAUCUCAUCAUGUCCAUGAAGACGGAGACCUUCCACGUUAAGCCUGAAUCUCUCCACUUUGUGGCUUACUCACAGAGCGGAAAAACGAAACCCGAAGUCAAACCAUCGGAUCUCCGCUUCGCCAUCUAUUCAGACGGAGGAGGGUUUAAGACCGAGAUCAAACCGGAAGCGAAACCAGACGUUUUGCAAUUUCCAGCGUACCCGAACGGCUCCGGGAUCAAAGCCGAGGUCAAGCAGGAGUCCUGCCCAGACCAGCCUGAGGUGAAGGCCGAGAUGAAACGGGAGACGCUGGAGGCCGACAGCACUGUCCUGACGCCGAAGCCGGAGCAGGCCGACGGCUCGGGCACCACAGGGGAGGGUCUGCUGAAAGGCCCGGUGAAGGAGGAGAGGCCAGGCAGCCCAGCGCUGCCUGUGGUGGAGGGAUAUCCCGGCAGUCCCAGGUUUGCAACUCCCACCUCCAUGUGCGAUCUUCCCGACAGCCUGCAUGAGAGCAGGGAGCCCACCAUCGCCCAGCUGCUGCAAGAGAAAGCUCUGUACUCCUUCUCCGAAUGGCCAAAGGACAGAGUCAUCAUCAACCGCCUGGACAGCAUCUGCCACGCCAUCCUGAAGGGGAAGUGGCCUUCAUCCAGUGAGCAGUACGACUCCCCAGCUAACUCCUGCCUGGCUAACAGCUUAGCCCAGCACCACCAUCAGCGAACUGGUUACCUGGCGGGCCAGGCUCGGGUCCAGCAGGGCGGACCGGGGCUGGGCUUCCCCGUCCCUCCGCCUCUCACCAGACUACCCAAGUACGUGCCGAGGGGCGGCGCAUGCGGGCGCGGAGCUUGGCGCCUCACCUCCUUGCCUCUCUUGCAGGAGAGGCUGGUUGCUCCUCCGUUCCUCCCCGAGCUCAAGCGAGCAGGAGGCCGCAGGUCUUUCGACUAUGAAGCCGCCGCCGCCGCGGCCGCCAAGAUUCUGGCGGGGAAAUCUGCGUCGCCGAGCCACAGCGGCAGCUCCGGGGAAGAGAAGGUGCCGGUGGUGGCUCCCGCCUCCCAUCGGACCGGCGCCAUGCUAAACGGGUGGCAGGAAGCGGCCAUCGAUCUGACCAAGCACUCUGGAGAGGUCGGCGCCCCUACCAACGAAGUCGGCCACCAUAACGCCGCGGCAGGAAGCGGUCACAAGCUGCCCCCCAUCACCGCCCCUCUGCCCGGCCCCGUGGGGAUCGACAUGUCCGGGAUCCUGCAGGCAGGACUCAUCCACCCGGUCACGGGGCAGAUAGUCAACGGGAGCCUGAGGGGAGACGAUUCGCUGAGGAGGAGGAGAGGGAGGAGGAGGAACGUGGAGGCUCUGUACUCCGAGUUCGCCAAGAGCCGAGGGCUGCAGCUCCCCGAGACCCAGGCUCGGGUGGAGGCCAUCAGCCACUCCUCCGUCUCCUCCUCCACCUCCUCGCCGUCGCCGUCUCCAUCAGAGCGGCCCGCCGGCCCCCCCACCCCCUCCUCUACCCCAACCCCUACCCACACCCCCUCCCAGCCAGAAUUGGCGGCCAUCGACAGGGAGGCGGCCAGUAAGGGCCUGAUGGAGUGGCUGCGUCAGAAUCCGGGCUACAGCAUGGAUCUUCCAGCCUUCGCUCACUCUGGAGCGAGUCUUCUGCAAGGCUUCGUGGAGCGUCCCAAACAGAGGCGACAUCGCUGCAAAGACCCCACCAAGCUGGACAUCAACACCCUGACGGGGGAGGAGAGGGUCCCCGUGGUCCACCGCGGCACGGGGCGUAGGCUUGGUGGCGCCAUGGCGCCGGCCAUUAAGGAGCUGUCCAGGUGGCUCGAUGCAAACUCUGAGUACUUUGUGGCGCCGGACUGGGCCGAGGUGGUCAAACACUCUGGUUUCCUUCCUGAGGGGAAGUUCUCUCGCAUUCUGACGGAACCGGUCAACAGGGAUCCAGGCUCGCGGCGCCGCGGGCGCCGGCCACGCAGCGAGAUGCCGAGGCCCCUCCUCUCUGUGUCGGAUUCCUCGUCCGCCACCCUCAGCGCCCCCCUCUACAUGAACGGCGGGCUGAUUGGAAGCAUGGACUCCAUUGUGACCCUGCAGAACCUUCGCGGCGCCAUACCUGGCAUCCCCAUCUCCGGGAUCAUGGCGGCGGGGUUCCCACACGGGUUCCCUGCUGCCGUGUCAGCAGGAAGCGGCGGAUCGUCGGCCGAAGACGUGAAGAACGGUCUGAGCAUGUUACCCAUGAUGCUGCACGGCAUCCCGCAUGGCGCUGCCAUCCCUCAGCACGCUCUGUUCAGCGUUGGCACCAUGAUGGCGCACGCUCCACCACACUCCGCUUCCUCCCCCUCCUCCUCCACUUCCGUAACAACGACGACCGUGGCCUCCGACGCGGCCAGCCCGUCCUCCAGCACCGCCGCAGACGGAGAGAGCAGCUCUUCCUCGGCGCUGGGUGGCGACAAGGAAAAAGCGGUGACGGAGGGUGCCGAGAGGCCGGCGGGGGGCGACGCUGUUACCUCCACCAGCAGGGUCCACCUGGGCGGCGCCGCCGGCAGUCAUCACACCUUUAACCCCUUCCUGAUCCCAGGCAUGUCCCACGGGCUGCUGUACCCGCACAUGUUCCUCCCUCACGGCGGCAUCAUGACGCUGCCCGCUGUGCCGCCGGGCGCCGCAGCCGACAGCUCUCCAGGCAGUCCCAGGAGGAGGAGGAACCGGGUUCGGGAGGAAGGGGAGAGGGAGAAAGGGAAGGAGGGGGAGGGAGACGCAGAGGAGAGAGAAAGUACAGUUGGUGAAAGCGGCGGGGCAAGGGCCGCCGACGCCUUCCUCCCCUCUACCUCAGCCUCAGAGCCGAGCGCAGCUACAAGCGAGGAGAACCAGGAGGCAGGUUCUUCGGAACCCCCCGAACCAAACUCUUAUAACCACAGUGAAAAAGAUACGGCGGGGGAGAAGGAGGACGGAUCAGAGGAGAUGAACCCGGAGCAAGAGACGGCGUAGGAGAGGGGAGGCCCCCCCUCCCUCCUCCUCCUCCGCUGAGCAGCGUGUAAAGUCUGUGCCGAGUCUGUCAGUCAGCGUCCAUGUAAAGACUCUCAUCACCCCACCCCCACCCCCCAUUCUGCAUCCAGUCUGAGAACAGGAGGAGGAACGGAGUUCUGAGGGAGACGGAGCCUCUCCUGACCUCCCUCCGUCGCCUCCUCCGGACUCUGUAAUACUAAAGCCGCCAUCUCUCCCAUAUUCGGCUGGCGCUGAAACCCAAAACAGGAGACAUGGGCGGCGAGGUUCCCACUACGUUUUAUAGGGGACCGGUGGCCUGGCAGCCAAAGCCCGUUUCCAGGUUCUAAUCGGAUCGGUUCUGACUGCAUCUCCCUGAUGCAGGCUUGACGUGCAUGAAAGGCAGAUCGGAGCCCAACCCUCUCCUGCCGCUUCACGUUUCACCAAAAGCAAAGAACAAUCAAGGGGAUUUGUUCUGGAUCCGGCUUGAAGCGGUCCAGUCCAAUCAGGAGCUGAGUCCAGCCACCAGGGGGCAGCAGGAGGCAGUGGUUGGAUGUUUUCUGCUCUGCAAACAGCAGCUACAUGAUGCUGCGUUUGAGUGUUUCUCCUGAACUCGUUGGGAAAAGUGCAAAACGACUGGAAUUCUGACCCGGAGCUCCGGUUCUGUUCUGAUUUUAUGGAAGGAAGGAAGAAAACUGACUCUUGUAAUAUUUCAUCUGUAAAUCGUUGGCUGUACAUUGCUGUCUUUUUUUAAAGUGCUCCAUGUAUCUCUGUCCAGCGGUUGCGCCGAAGGCGUGGACCCAGAUGGGCUGUACUGUACAUUAAAAAGGAUGAGAGUCUCUGGUUUUCCCUGAGGGGUAGAAAGGCCUCCGAUCCGUAUGAAUCACAGUGGCGUUCUGUAUUUCUCACCCAUUUUUUGCACAGCGUCUGUGUGGACCUGUCGGUUCGGUCCGUUAGGGUGUGUGGGCUAUGGGGGGAGGUCCGGGAUGUGUGCAUGCAUGCGCACGCGUUCUACUGGUUCAUCCCGACCGCUCACAU